AGCAGAAGCAGAACGUGGCUGCAAUUCUAUUUCCUCCAUUGCAGCAUAAUUAGUUCAGACAGGAAAAUCAAGUCUUCCUCUUAAAGUGGUUGGGUUGUAAUCUUAUGAACACGGUGGUGAUGAUGACUGACCGACGCACAUCCCUCUUCUCCUCUGAGAGAUGACGAAUAUGAACGGGGUCUAGGUGGGGGAGCAGUCUUUGGGGAGGGGGAGGAGGAGGAGGGGGAGGAGGCGCAGAAGGAGAAACCACUGGCUGUGACAGUGACAGUUCUGCGUCUCUCCACCGGCUUUCCCCCCUCUGCGCUUCAUCAUCAUCAUCAUCCUCCUCAUCGUCAGCCUCAACAACAGCAGGCUUCAGCUUCAUCAGCAGAGGCAGGAGCAGGAGCGGGAGCGGCGUCCAUCCGUCGACAGCGUGGAGAACAAAUAAGCAGCACGCAUCUUCAAGAGGCGCUCCGCUCGAGGGGGGAAGAUGGGGAAAUGGCAGUUGCAGUUGACCAAAUGUGAGGAUCAAGAAAUCAAACGAGAUCUUCAUUUAUGACAUAAACGUGGGUUUGUGCAUCCGUAGGAACUCUUUAAAGAACAAAAGAUUAUCGCUUCUGACGCCUAAAGAAACAUGGAUGUAUCUUCAUCCUCGCUCCAGUACGGAUCAAAAAAGCGGGUUAAGAUUCACCCAAACACAGUGACAGUGAAAUAUGCCACUCACUUCCCCCAGCCUGGCGAUGAAGGGUAUGAUGAUGCACCCUCCUUUGAGGACUUUGGCGCCUUCGCAGAAGCUAAUGUGGAAAAGAGACUGGUGUCAGACAGCAAAGGUGGCAGGACUUUCUUUGGAACCAUGGAGACUCAGCCUAAGCAGCCAAGUGUGCAAAGAGACAAGGGGGUCGGGGGCCAGCUGGCUAGCUUUGGCGAGGCGAAUGUCUUGGCCUCCAGGGUGACCUGGAUGGCCUUGUUUGGGGCCGCGGUGGCUCAUGGUUGUGUGGCACUGAUUACUCGUUUAGCAGCCGACCGCUCUAAAGUGCCCUCCCUCGAGCUGCUCUUCAUCCGCUCUGUGAUCCAAGUGCUGUCCAUCCUGGUGGUCUUCUACUACCAUGAGGCCCCCUUUGGCCCCAAGGGCUACCGCCUGCGUCUCUUCUUCUAUGGCGUCUGCAACGUAAUCUCUAUCACCUGCGCCUACACCUCUUUUGCCAUAGUCCCGCCCAGUAAUGGCACCAUCAUGUGGCGUGCCUCCACCACAGUCUUCAGUGCAAUACUGGCCUUCCUGCUCUUGGAUGAGAGGCUGGGCUACACAGAUGUGGUCACAGUGGUGGGAAGCGUGUUUGGUCUGUGCCUGGUCAUGGUGCCAAACGUAGCAGACGAGGAGAAGUCCAGGCUGGGCUUUUGGAAGGAGGCCUUUGGCUACACAAUGACAGUGAUGGCCGGUUUGACAGCUGCCCUCUCCAUGAUCGUCUACAGAGCCAUUAAGGAGCGCGUCAGCAUGUGGACGGCACUCUUUACCUUCGGCUGGACGGGCACAGUGUGGGGCGCCUCCACCAUGUUUAUCAUGCAGGAGCCCAUCAUUCCUCUAGAUGGGGAGACCUGGGGCUAUUUAAUUGGGAUCUGUAUCUGCUCCACUGUGGCAUUCCUCGGAGUAUACUAUGCUCUAAACAAGUUUCAUCCAGCCUUAGUUAGCACCGUGCAGCACCUAGAGAUCGUGGUCGCCAUGUUCCUCCAGCUCAUUGUUCUGAGGAUGAUCCCAUCAAUCUACGACGUCAUCGGUGGCCUGGUCAUCAUGAUCAGCGUCUUCACCCUGACAGGAGUCAAGCUGUACAGGGUGAGCAGGGCCAUUCGGCAGGAUUACCAAGAGAUCCUAGACUCGCCCAUCAAAUGAGUUUAGAUAUGUCAGCAUAUUUGUUUACAAUGUUGCUUGGUUGUGCAAUUUAAAGAAUGUCUGGAUCUUCAUCUGAUGAUUUUGUAUUGUUGUGUUGUUGGAAGAGUGCCAGUUGUGUAACUAAUGUCUUAAUAUUUGUGUGUGAAAUAAAAGACAAAUGUAAUAUGGUGACCAUUUCCCCAUGAUAAUACUGCUUCAAUGUCAAAAUGUGUCACAGACCAAAAAUGUCAGCCAAAAAAAAAAAAAAAGAAAUGAAAAAAGAAUCAGUCUCAUUUUUGUGAUUUAUUUUUCUCCAACAUUUUGAAUCAUAUUAAAUCUGGUCUUGUGAGUGGCAGUGUGAGAAGAUCAUCUUAAGGAUAGGCACCUUUUGUUAUCAUAACAUCAAGAAGGUGUGUCGUAUCUCUCUGUUAUCACACUGCCACGCUUGUCACGCUGUGUAAAUGUCAGCCCAGAGAUCACUCAUACUACAUACAAGGAAUGAAAGAAUAAAAAUAAAUACCACCCAUCUUUCAUAAAAUAA